UGUUUAGAGCUGAGAGUUCCGACACCGGUCAGUACUCAGUCAGUAGUUCUUAGGACGCGGAGCUGUUCAUAUUUUAACCAAAGUUCCCAAUCAAUAACCAUGUUCUCUAGAUUAUUAUUUGUUUUAAAUAUUUCCGGCUGUAUGGCAAGCAGGCCGGUCAUUACAGAACAUCCUCAAGAUAUCAUGGUGCAUAGAGGAGCACCGACCACAUUAAACUGCGGAGCUUUUGGUUCUCCGACACCAACCAUUUCAUGGUUUAAGGACGGAGAACGUAUGUUUACCGGAGGAGGAGAUCAUACAGUUCUAUUACCAGGAGGAGGUUUAUUCUUUCUCCGUACUCGGCAUAACCACAGAAGCAGAGACUCCGGGACCUAUAGUUGUAGAGCGGAGAACGAGGAAGGAGUUGUUUACAGUAAAUCCGCAACCCUCACAGUUAUAUAUUUGAAGCAUGAAUUCGGUCAUGUUCCUAAACUUGUGACUGCUGAGGAGGGGGAAAAUAUUGCUCUAUCCUGUUUCCCACCUGAGGGAAAUCCUAAACCAACAAUCUCCUGGAUGAAAGAAGGUCAGGUGCUGAAUUUAAACUCCGGAAAGUAUUCUCUGGAUCCGUCCGGAGUACUCCUUGUAAACAAGCUGACCCAGGAUGAUACUGGGAAGUAUGAAUGCAGUGCUCGGAACGAAGCAGGAACACUCACAGAUUCUCCUGUCUCUCUUACUGUUAGGAUUAGUGAAUAUGAGGAAGAUAAAGAGGAGGAAGAAGGAGAGUAUCUACCUAGUCCUGUGAUAACUGAUGCAGUUCUUCUUGAUCGUAUAACAGGCCUGGUCCACUGGUUACCUGUUCUAGAUGUGGAUGAUUAUAUUGUCCGUGUGGUUGUAGGAGAUCAGGAGAUCACAAACAUUACAGUGGAGAAGGACGUGAACCAAGUCAAGCUGCACAGCCUCGACCCUGACCUCGUUUACACCAUCAGCAUCGCCGCCGAGCGUCAAGGUGUCAUCUCAUCCUUCUCCCCGGAGCAUAAACUGUCCUCAAACCUCCGCGAGAUAACUGUCAACCUGACGGAGACGGACAACCCCGAACCUGAGCUCUGGAUUAUUGGUAUGGUUGUUGUGAUCAUGAUCACUCUGAUGAUCAUCCUGGCAGCUGUUCUCAUCUUCCACAAGAUCUCAAACCUGAAGGAGAAGGAUGCAGAGGAGGCAGAUAGGACGGAGAUCAAGAGAUAUAGUUGGUUGGAUAGAAGAUGGGACACAAACCAGAUCAGUUCUUUCAAAUCUGACAGGCUUCUCCUGGACAACCAUUAUGAUUACGUGAUACCAAAUCAGACAUUUGAAUCUUAUCAGUUCUCAAAUCAGAACACAGGAUCAAAACUGAAAACCAAUCAGACAACUGAUUCCUGUCACGUGAUCCCAAUUCAUUCAGAUAUUUACCAUUAUGCAUCAACCCCUAUUGUGAAGACGGACUUCUUAAUGCCAAUCAAACUUCAAAAUAUUUAAUUAAUCCGCCUUUUUAUCUUCAAUCUACGGGAACCUUUAACCAGUUUAUAGUUAUAUAUUCACCAUACAUUCCUUCUGCUAAGAAACCAUUAGAAAUUGUAAAUGUAUCUUGUAAAUAAUAUAUAAUAUGUAGUCCAGGCUAGGCGAUACAACAUUUAGAAAUAAAUUAUAAUCAUAAA